AUGUCCUUCUCAUCAUCCUUCACGAUUAAGCGACUGUCCAAAGAGAAAUCUUUUGCAAUUGAUGGGGACAAGCCGAAAAGAUAUGACAUUCCUUUUGUCAAUUCUGGACUGAAAACACCUGUUAUUGAGGGGGAUAUUGCAUUACCUCCUGGUUGGAAUGCUCUUAUAGACCCAGCAAGCAGGUGGAAAUUCCCCAUCCCUUAUAUCCUGGGUGACAGUCUAGACCUGAAUGCCAAGGGGGUCAUUUUUCAGGCUUUUGAAAUGUAUCGCCUGAAGUCCUGUGUUGACUUCAAACCCUACGAGGGGGAGAAGAGCUUCAUAAAAUUUGAGAAAUUAGAUGGGUGCUGGUCAAUGGUUGGAGACCAGCACACAGGUCAACAGCUUUCCCUCGGUGAGAGCUGCGACUAUAAAGGCACCAUUAUGCACGAGCUCUUGCAUGCCCUGGGUUUCUACCACGAGCAGUCACGCACUGACAGGGAUGACUACGUGGACAUCUGGUGGAAUCAGGUUCUUCCUGGAAUGGAGCACAAUUUUGUUAAAUACGAUGACACUCUCAUAAUGGACCAAAACACCCCUUACGAUUAUGAGUCCAUCAUGCAUUAUGGUCCAUACUCCUUCAACAAGGAUCCGCGCUACCCAACGAUCACUGCCAAGGACCCUGCACUGACAAAAGUACUUGGGCAGUACAAUGACUUCAGCAGCAUUGACUUGCUGCGGCUCAAUAGAAUGUAUAACUGCACUUCUUCCCUUACACUACUGGACCAGUGUGCUUUUGAGUCCAUCAACAGCUGUGGCAUGAUCCAGAACCCCAAUGAUAAUGGCGAUUGGUUGCGCACGAAGAGCACUCCUGCAUCACAUGACCACACUCUGGGUGGCCAGUGUAGAGAUUCUGGAUUUUUCAUGUAUUUUGGAACGGACAGCGGAAGAGCAGGUGACUCUGCUUUCUUGGUGUCCAGAAGCCUGUCUCCUAAGAGGAAGUUGCAAUGUCUACAGUUCUUCUACAAGAUAACUGGGAGCCCGAAAGACAAGCUCCAAGUGUUGGCAAGAAAAGAGGACAAAAAAGGUCAAGUCCAGCGCUCCGUCACAGCAGGGACAUUUACUGGUGACAGCAACGUCUCAUGGAAAAUCGCCCAUGUACCAUUGAAGAUGGAUGGGAAAUUCCGAUAUGCUUUCCAAGGCAUCCGAGGUGAUCCAACCAAUUCCCGAGGCGGGAUCCUUAUCGAUGACAUCAACCUAGUAGAGACACGUUGUCCAAGUGGUGUCUGGCAAAUCGAGAACUUCAGCCACUACAUGGCGAGCUAUGGUGUGGGAGAGUACAUCCAGAGCCCACGCUAUUACAGCCCUGAAGGGUAUGGGUUUGGCAUACAGCUCCUACCCAACUCCUACGUGGAGGGAUACAUAGGAGCCUUCUUCCAUCUGACCAGUGGUGAGAAUGAUGACACCUUGCUGUGGCCAGCAGGAAACAGACAAGUCACCAUAACUCUUCUUGACCAGGACCCUGAUAUCAAACAAAGGCAGUCCUUUUCAUUCAGUUUCACCACCAAUGGCAACCAACUCAUACCUGGUUCAAACAUCUUAUUCUGGGACAAGCCAUCCAUCACAGGGACCUAUGACCCAUCAUGUGACUGUUAUCGCAGUUGGACAUGGGGGUGGAAUGCUUUCUUCACUCACUAUGACCUCAAAACUAGGAACUAUCUUAAAAAUGAUGAACUGAUUCUCUUCAUUGAGUUUGAAGACCUCACCCCUCUGAUCAGUACCGAUGUUCCUGUGAAAUCUGAAUCAGACCAGCCCUAG